AUGGUCAACCAAUUGGAGCGAGAAGUCUUCGGUUCUGGUUCCGACCUUUCGGACUUCGAGGAAGAGGUUCAGCAGCGCCGAAAGGCCCCAGUAGCCCGAGAAGAAGAGCAGUCCUCUUCAGGUGCUUCUUCAGAGGACGACUACGUCCAAGAGCGUCCUGGAGGAGCGAAGCCUAUUAAGAAAGCAGUAAAAAAGAAGUCCCGCAGAAGCCACAACGGGGAGGAUGAGGAUGAAGUAGGCAGACCUAGACGGCAGGCGCAGAAGAAGAGAAAGCGUCAGCAGCAGCCAGAGAUUGACUUGAGCACCUUGCCGCCAGAGGAGGCUAAGAAAAUUCGCUUGGAUAUGCAAAUUGAUGCCAUUAUAAAACCCAAGAAAGGUUCACGAAGCAAGAAGCGCAAGAACGAGGAUGAAUUAGACAGAUUUGCGGACGACGAAGUCGCGAGGCUUAGGGAGGCGAUGAUAAAUGCUGCGGACCAGGAUGAUAUUGCUAUCAAGGAGGGGAACCCUGCGCUUCAGAAACUUAGGCUCCUGCCCGAGGUCAUGGAUGUUCUCCGCAAAGCCUCACUAGCUCAGUCUAUAGUGGACAACAACCUCCUCCAAGGUGUCCGACGGUGGCUGGAACCCCUCCCAGAUCGUUCAAUCCCUGCUCUCAACAUCCAGCGCGAGUUCUUCCCCCUCCUAAAAAAGAUGGAUUACAUCGACAGCGCCGUCCUCCGUGAAUCCGGCCUCGGCAAAGUCAUGAUCUUCUACACACGAUGCAAGCGCGUGCAGCCUGACAUCGCUCGGACUGCCGGUGACCUCGUCUCUACGUGGUCGCGGCCUAUUAUCAAGAGGUCCGCCUCGUACAGGGAUCGUAUUAUUCCUAUCGCCCAAGAAGAAAACGCGCCCUCACGACCUACUGGACGCUCGCUCAACGCUAUACUGUCACAGGCGAAGGAGUCUGAGAAGGGACGAGUUAGGAAGAAUGCGGUUAAUAUUCCGAGGAGCGACUUGGGGAGCUACACUGUGGCACCGAAGAGUGGUGGGCUUAUGAGAGGGAAUACGGUCAGCGUGGAAGGAGAUGUAGAGAGGAGGAGAAAGGCAUCGGAGAGGCUAAGGGCCCUGACCAGGAAGGUCCAUGCGAAGUGA